AAUGAGCACAUAUUGUCGUACACCAUUAGAUCCAGUAAACUAAAACAAAGAAUAUUUUACAUCUUAAUCUUCAUCUAAGAUUAUAUCAAGUACAAUUAGAUAAUGUACAUCUACAACAAACUUAAGUGUUUCUUAAAUGAAGAGAUCAAUGUAAAUUGUUGUGUUUAGUUGUGUUUAGGUCAGGAAACAAUAUUUAUAGUUCAUAAAUGAAUAAUCCACCUCCUGCAAGAUAACAGUUGUGUAAAAGUCUUGAUAUUGUGUGUUUUUUGAUGGCUUGUGAAAUAGAGAGAUUUGUAGCUGAAAAUGAUAAAUUGAAAUAUAGAAUCAAAGAAAUGGAUGAUAAAUUGCUUGAUAGAAAUAGUUAUGAGAAGUAGAUUGAAGAUUUAUAGGCAAGACUUAUGUAAUUAUAAUAUUAGGAGAGUAUGUAUAGGUAAAAUAUGAUAUAAUUAUAAGAUAAGAAAUUGAAAUUACAACAACUUAAUAUUCUGAAGAGAUUGAAAAUUGGAAGAUAAAAUAUUAUACAACUGAAGAGAACUACAAAAAUGUGAAUGAAUAGUUAAAAUAAACAUUAAUAACAGGAAAUUAGUAGCAUUAAAAAGAGAUUGAUGAUUUAAAAUCUUAAUUGGCAUAUCAGAAAUAAAAUAAUGUAAGAUAAAUUAAUUUAUAUUAUUUAAGGAAGGAGAAUUAUAUAAGUUAAGAGAACAAUUAUAGAGCAAAUAAUAAGCUAUUGAAUAUUAUUAGAUUGAAUUGAAUUAAUAAGAAUCAGAUUUAUAAUAAUAUAAAUAAUAAGGAAAUAAAGUAAUUGAUUUAGAAAAUAAAAUUGGUAUGCUUGUUUGUGAAACUGAAAGAUUAAAUACAUUAUUAAAAUAGAAAUUGGAUGAAUUAGAAUUAUCAAAAUAAAAAUAUUCUAUUCUUAAUUAAGAAUCAGAAAAAUAGAAAUCUGAAUUUAGGUAAUUAUAAAGUUUUGUAGACAAAAAAUAGAAAGAUUAUGAUUAAUUGAAUUAGGCUUAUGUUUUAUCAUCAAAUGAAUUAAUAAAAUAUAAAGAUUAAGAUUAGAUUAUUGAUUAAAUGUAAAAUAAAAUUAAUCUACUCUAAGGCGAAGUAGAUAGACUUAAUCUAGUUUUGAGAGAAAAGAUAAAAUAAGGGGAGGAAUGGAGAUAAAAAUAUUUUGAUUCUGAAAAUUAAUGUAAAGAACUGAAACAAAAAGUAGGUAAAUUGGAUUAAUUGUAAAUAUAAUUAAAAGAUUAAUUUGAAAUGUUUUAAUAAUUGACUAAUAAUUUGGAAGAUUAGAAAAUUAAGAAUAAUUAAUUAUUAUAAUAAAAGUAUAAUUUAGAAUAAACUAAUACAGAUUUCAUAAAUAAAAUUUAAGUAUUAACAAAUGAAGUUGAAAGAUUAAAUACUAUAUUAAGAUAGAAGAUCUAAGAAUUAGAAGAUUGGAAACACAAAGGAAUAUAUUUUGAAGAAGAAUUCAAGAAUAAAAAUAAUUAAUAUAAUGAUAGUAUAAAUAAAUUAAGUUGUGUGACAUAGGAAAUUGAUAGAAUGUAAGAAUAAUUAAAAUAGAAAUAAGUUGAAUUAUAAAAUUUAUAAAUGACUAAAAAUUAAUUGUAGAAAGAUUUAGUUAAUUAAGAUUCAUUUAAUUAAACAAUUAAAAAUUAAGUUGAAGAAUGGAAACGAAGAUAUUAAGAUUUAGAAUCAGAAUAUUAAUAAUCUUAAGUAAAAAAUAAAAAAUUAAUUGAAUAUGAAAAUACAAUUGCUAUGUUAACUUAAGAGAUAGAGAGAUAAAAAUUAUUAUUAUAAAGUAAGUUAUAGGAUUUUGAAGAAUAAAAGAAAUAAAUGUUUUCAGAAAUAUAAAAAAGUAAAUAAAAUUUAGCAUUAAAAACAAAUGAAACAGAAGAAUGGUCAAAUAAAUAUAGAAAAUUAGAAUAAUCUUAUAUUGAUUUAAAUUAAUUUAAUAAAUAGAUUGAAGAGAAAUGGAAAUAAUCAUUAAUUAGAAUAAUUUUACAUUGUUCAGAAAUAGAUAGAUUAACUUAAAUAUAAUCUGAGUUAUGUGAUGAAAAUGAAUAAUUAAAUAAUUAGAUAACUCAUUAUUCUAAUUAAAUAAAAUUAAAAGAUGAUUAAUUAUAUAAAUAAUUAGAUAAAAUUAAUUAAUUAUAAAAAUAAUAAGAUGAAGAAAAAAGUAAAAGAUUAGGAUUAGAAACUUAAUUAGCUGGUUUAAAAAUGUAUUAAGAAAGUUGUGUUAUUUUGGAAUAGAAAAUAGCAAAUAUGAAUACAGAAAAUUUAAGAUUGAAUGAAUAAAUUAGAUUUAGAAAUGGGGAAAUAGAAGAUUUUAAAACAUAAAUUUAAAGAUAUGAAUCUAAGAUUUAAUUAAAUAGUUAAGAAUUAGAGAGGAUAAAUUAAUAAUUAAGAAAGAUAUAUGCAGAAUAGGAUGAAAUGAGAAAAGAGAAGGAAAGAUGGGAAGCAUAAUAUCAUUUAUUAUAAAGAUAAUAUGAUGAAAUUAAAUAGAAAUAAAAUUAAUUGGAAAUUUAUAAAACUAAAUAUGCAGAAUCUGAAAAUAGAUGUUCUAUGUUAACAAGUGAAAUUGAACGAUUAAAUUAAAUUAUUACUAAUAAAUAAGAUGAAAUAGAUUAGUUAAAAAAGAAAUGUUAUUUAUUAGAAUAAUAAAUUAUCUAAUUAAAAUAAUAUGAAGAAAAUGUAAGAGAAUUUAAAUAUAUCAUAUUAGAUAAGAAUUUUAUCUUAAGAAAUUGAUAGACUAUAAGGAAUUAUUGAUGUUAAUGAAAUUGAAUUAAGAUAAUGGAGAUUAUAAUAUGCUGAUGGAGGUACUCAAAAUAGAAAAAUUUAAGAUUUGCUUUAUCAUUUUGUGGUAUCUAAUAUUAUUUAAUGUAGAUGUAAUCAGUUGAAAUAGAAAGUUUAAGAGCUAGAAUUUAAGAAAAAGAGAAGGAAGUAGAAGAAGUAAGGAAGAGUAGUUUAGCACCAUAUAGAAGAUGA